AUGGGAACUAUCUCUCUUAUUCCAGUCCAGGGGCCCCGGCAGAGUGCAGUGCCCAGCCAGAAGCUUCUGCAGGGUUGCUGUGCACCCAGCAAUGCCUGGACAGUUGCCCUCCUGACGCAAGGCUGGGAGAGCCUCCAAGUGCCCAGCAGUGAAUUGCUGCCUCCUGGCCAGCCUUGGCCUGGAGCAGCCCAUUCCAGAGGGGUUGCUGGGCCCAGUGACGAAUCAAACGGGAAUCCCAUUGAAGAUAGCCUGCUUCAGCUGAGAUGCCACUUCACCUGGGAGCUGCUAGUUGAAGACACUGAGAUGCCCGAUUUAGAGAACAGGAUCUUGGAUGAGAUUGAGUUCCUAGACACCAAAUACAACGCGGAAAUAGGCCAACACACAAAGGCUGAGGACGCCUUUCAGAAAGUGUUACACAUGAAGAACAUCAACGAUCAUCUGCAACAAGAGAUUCAUUACUGCUAUGGCCAUUUCCAAGAACUUCACAAGAUAUCUGUGGAUAAAGCAAUCACCCAUUAUUUAAAAGGUCUCAAAAUAAGAAGCAUCUCCCGCACCAGGGAAAAAAUUCUCAGCGCCCUAGAGAAGUUAGCUAAAAGACAUAUUCAUCAGAAUGUACGUGUGGUGGAAAGUUUCAGCAUCCUUGGGCUCAUCCACAAAUUGAAAGGGGAAGUGAGUGAGGCCCUGGUGUGUUAUGAGAAGGCUCUCAGGCUGGCUGCUGACUCCAACGCCAUGGAUGUGGCUCACAUCCUGAAACCCCAGUCUCCUGGCUGGAUCUCAGAAGAGCCCACAGCUAAACAAGGCCCUGCAGAACUGGCAGCCAUGAGUAAGAACGCUGAUGAGGUCAAAGGUAAGCUGCUUCAGCUGAGAUGCCACUUCACCUGGGAGCUGCUAGUUGAAGACACUGAGAUGCCCGAUUUAGAGAACAGGAUCUUGGAUGAGAUUGAGUUCCUAGACACCAAAUACAACUCGGGCAUACACAACCUGCUGGCCUACUACGCGGCCAAGUUUUACCGCAGGAAAGGCGCUCUGGAUAAAGCUCUUCAGCUCUUAAAGAGGGCCCUGCGGGCCACGCCCUCCUCCGCUUUCCUGCAUCACCAGAUGGGGCUUUGUUACAAGGCACGCAUGAUCCAAAUCAAGAGAGCGGCAAACUGGCAGCCCAGAGGACAGGAUAGAGACAAUGUCGACCAAAUGGUAAGGUUAGCCAUAGCUCAUUUUCAAUUUGCUCUGGAACAAAAGCCCACAUUUGACGUUGCUUAUAUACACCUGGCCGGUAUGUACAUAGAAGCUGGCAACCACAGAAAAGCUGAAGACAUUUACCAAAAAUUGUUAUGUUUGACGUCCCUCGACGAAGAAAAACAGCAAAAGGUACAUUUCCACUAUGGUCAAUUUCAGGAAUUUCAAAAGAAAUCUGAAGUCAAUGCAAUUAUCCAUUAUUUAAAAGCACUAAAAACAGAAAAGGUGUCACUGACAAGAGAUAAAUGUAUUAAUUCUUUGGAGAAACUGACUUUAAGAAGACUUUCCAGAAAUGCAUCAGAUGUAGAAAGCUUGAGCAUUCUUGGGUUUAUCUACAAAGUCAAAGGCGAAAUGAAUAAAGCCCUGGAGUACUAUGAGCAGGCCCUGCGGCUGGCUGUGGACUCUGGGAACUCUGGUACCUGAUCCUGGGUGUGGAAAUAUGAACCACAUUCACAUUUUAUUUGAUUUUAGGUAAACAUGUUAACUCUAACCAUUGUUUCUGCUUGCUACUUUCAGAAACAUAUUAAGCAAUCCACUGCAGUGAUGCAAGUUUUUAACCAUUACCCAAACCUGGUAAAAUAUUGGUUCUAUUCAGAAAAUACUGAAACAGAAUAUAUACAUCU